UGAUUCGACGCAAUUGGAAGCAGCGACCGAAAGAUCUGGAUCGUGAAAUCGCCGAUUCCGCAGGUGUCCAGUCGAUCAACAUAGAGGUCUGCAGCCGUCGGCGGUUACCCAGGAGGUUGCAGGCCGCCAGAUCCCAUUUGUCAUCGCCCCGACGACCUGCCGAAGUUGCUUGUGGAAGCGGCAGUCUGCUUCUUGCGAGACGAUCACUCUCUUCCCGACGCCACGUGUGAUUCGCCCGCGUGGUUCUGAUGGCCUUGCAGCACCGCUGAUUAUCGCCGUGGCAGCAGCAACACGAGACAUCGCUUAGGCGAACGGCUGCCGGUCGCACCUGAUGGACGGGCCGUCGAAUGAGAGGCAAUUCUCUUGUUCACUGCCGGCGUCGGAGGCACUUAGGGCCACCCACCGCCACCGCAUAAUCCAGCAGCAUCUCGACGCGGAUGCAGCCAACACGCGAGCAGACCUCAGGACGAUAUGUGCACGCCGUCGGCCGCCCUCCCUGCUGCUGACUUGCCCAUAUAUCUAUGCGCCAUCUCUUGGUCUGCGAGAUGAGGGGCAGCAGCAGCAGCAGCAGGGCAGUGCCAGUCCUGUUGCGAGGUGGGAUGUGGCGCAGAGGGUGCUGCAUGGCGCUGUGCACCAAGGGCUGGAGGUGGUCGAGAUCGGGGACCACUGCCAUCCCGUCAGGGCGGGUCUGCCCAUGGAGAGGCGGUGCUUUGCGCUGAGGUUGAGCAAAGGGGCUGACUCCAUCGACACGAGGGUAAGGGUAAGGGUCAGUCAGGGUGAGAGAAACAAUGAGCAUACACACACGUCCACACUCGCUCAUUGGUUGUGCUUCCUUUCGUGCUUCAUUGUCACAUCAAUCAGCGUGUGGUGGUCUUGGGCGCCCUCACUGGGCGAGUGCGUCGUCCCUUCCCCGCUGCUCCCGUCCCAGCCCAUCACCAGUCGUCGAGCCCUCCACUCGAGUACCAGAUGAUUGCAGCGGGGCUGCCCGAGUAUUACACACGUCCCGACGGCAUGCUUGGGGCCGCGGCGGUGUUCGCCAUGAAGUUCGAUGCCGAUGCGCUGCCGCCGAGCACUGCUGAGGAGGGCGAGAAAGGUGAGGUGCCGGCAGGCCAGGCCUUGGUCAAUCAAUCUCCUUCCUGAUGUCUUUGUGAAGGGUCGGUUCCCGGUGACGAGGACUGGCUGCUGGACUGCAGCCAGAUGAGCAGCGAGCUGGUAUUCGUCGCGCACCACCAGCCUGUGGAGGUCAUCAGGGGGAAACCUCUCAGACGCAACGCCGCAUGGCAUUGGGUGAGUAGAGUCGCGAAUGCACGUCACAUGUAUGGACGCAUACGCUUCCGCUCCCCUCUCUGUGUGUGUGUGUGCGUGUCAGGUGUAUGUCGACGGCUGGCCCCAUUUGGUGCUCACAAACAUCCUUGGGACACCGAUACACCCACAGGUUGGUCAGUAUGUGAGUGAGUCGCAGAGGGAGGCGCGACACGACGCAAGCCAUGCAAGCACACAUAGGAGUGUCUGCCUGCCCUGUUCGUUCGUCAGGACGAGAUCGUUGCUGACUUCGGUCCAACGUGGUUCGCCCGCUAUCGCAGCGCAAUCCUGCAGGCGAUGCGGAUCGAGCACACCGAGUACCGCCUCCUUCGCGCAUGCCGAUACGAUGGGAUCUCGCCCAUCCGAAAGCCUACCACAGGUGGGCGCGACGAGAGAAGGGACGGCCGAGUGACUGGCAUUGCAACUUCGUCUGUCUGUGUUCGUGUCAGGGGAUUGUGCGGACGGCCUGUUGGGCUCUCCGCAGAUGAAGGUGCUCAACGAGAAGGCCCGAAAGAUCGUCGCACACCCUCCCCAAGCGUAAGCAAAGCAUGGGGGGCAACCAAACUCUCACGAAUUCCAUUGUGUUCCUCUUCCCCUCCCCUCCAGGUCCCCUCGGCCAAAGAGGCGGGCUGCCGCUGCCGCCAACAGCCACAGAAACCCAACGGACAUGCAGGAAGACGACGAGCCCGACUCGCCACUCCGGCUGCCCAUCCGGAGGGUGGUGCGGGCGACCGACUGCACCACCACCGCUGGUGGCGUCACGUGUGCACCUGGGUGGUGUGAGUCGAUCCCACACCCAUUGCGAGGGCAGAUGGAGACGGGCGUCGACAUCGCCAUGCGCUCCCCGGGGGGCAGCGACCCGCCAGCACCGACGGCGGUGCGGAAGGGGCAGGACGACACUCGAGUCAAUGAAUGUGAGCAAGGAGGGCAAGCUGGGGCAGAAGCAGCACACGGGAACGUCCCUGAUGUAUGUGUGUAAUGGUUUGGUCAGUGAGCCGCCAGCUCGCCGAGAAGAACAAGCAGAUAGCGGAGCUGCACCAGCGUCUGGGCCCCCCUCACCCCGUCGCCCGUCGAGACACCGCCACAGGCGCGUCACCCCCUCGCCCGUCGUCAAAGCCCUCCCUGCUGAAUGGCACGAGAGAAGACCAGCAGGCCGCGAGCCACGAAGCGGCAGCAGCUGGCGGUGGACACAAGAGAGGAGUCAAGCGGCCAGGGGCACCUCACGCUGCUUCUACUGCCACUGGUAAGUCAAACUCUGAGAGGUGACACGUCGGAAAAUCUGUAUGUGUCCCCUUGUUCCAUCCGUCCAUCAGAUGGCCACGAGGCGCGCUCGCCGGUCCCGAAGAAGGCCCGCGACGCCCGCCACCACAGCAAGGAGAGCAGGAAGGCGUCAUCCGACCAGCACGGGUCUCCCUCCCCUCCAUCCGCCACCCUCUCCCCUGCCAGACAGAGGAGCGAUGCCGUUGACAAGGGAAGCAAGGGCAAGGCCGGCGGUGAUGCCAAGCCGCCCUUCGGCGCGCUGAGGACACACGGGGGUGUUCAGCUGGUUAAUGACGGUGGCGACAAACACCACCCGAACCACAAGGAGAAGAAGAAGCACGACAGCAAGGAGGGCGACAAGGACCGAGCAGCACAUCGGCAGAAGGGAGACAUGGACCGGUCCAAGGACCACCUCCAUCCACCCCAGCAACAACAGCAUCAGCACCAUCAGCACAAGGGUGGCGGCCACGCCGUCAAGGCCCCGCAUCCCCCCGAGAAGCCGCACAAGGCAGAGAAAUCCCGACUCAAGAAGCAGCACCAGGGCGGCGGAGGCGGAGUAGAGGGGGAGCACCAUCCUCAGCAUCAUCACCACAAGGACCAUCCCACCAAAGCCCGCAGCCAGAGCCCCUCUCUACCUUCGCCAAGACCAGCCGCACCGAACACCGCCAAGCCAGCAAGGCCACCCCCACCAACACCAGCUCCCGACCACAACCACAGCAGCAAGGACCCGCUGCCCCGACCCCCACCACCCCAGCCACAGCCAAACGGCUCUGACGAUGCAGGGGCGGGCCAGCUUCACCCGCCAGAUCGCAACACCAGCAGCAUCAGCAACAGCGACGAGAUCGCAGCGGGGCUGGCGCGCGAGCAUGCGGAGGUCCUGCACGCGGGGAGGGGUCGCGUGACGUGGAUCCGUGAGAAGCAGCGGUGGGAGAUGCAGUACGAGAGCAUCAAGAACACCUCCAAGCCGAGCGAGAGCGUCGAGAAGGGCUUCAAGCGGCUGCUCGACAGCCUCCAGCGGCACCGCAACAAGGGCAAGACGCGUAUGGCGACGGGCCCACCUGGCAGCCAGGGUGGACCCAAGAGGAAAGGCGACAGGGAUGGCAGUGGAGGCGGCGCGCCCCCAGGUCCCGGUGGAGCUGGGCCAAGUGUUCCUUCUCCAUCUGGUGGAUCGAGCCAUCCUCCUGCCAACAACGCGGAAACGAGUGCCGGGCCGUCUGCCGGCAGCCAUGCGCCACUGGAGGGAACCACAGGAGCAGCAGCAGCAGCGGCAGGGGGGGAAGAGCAGCCACAGGGGUCAGGGCUCUUCCGGCUCGCGAGCCAGACCAACGACCACCCGCGAGCAGCUGCCAAUGAGCCCCCUCACUGUGACGAGACCAUCAGUCCGCUGUCCAACCAGACGGUGCGGAUCGAGCGUGAAGCUGGCAGGGCUGCAGUGGAGCCACCAGAGGGAGGGAUGGCAGCCAAGAUUCACCCCCCGCCCAUCGCCAUCCCGCCACCACGCACACCACAUGCGUCGGGACCGGCCACGCCCUCUCCCAAUGACCAUCCCCAACCAGCCCACCGGUUUCCCGCCCCCAUCCCACGCAAGCCUGUCGCCGCCUCCAAGCGCCGUCCCGUGCCCCCGCCUCACACCGCAGACAAACACAGACCAUCGCCCCCACGGGGAGGGGCGCAGUCUGAUCGUCACCCGUCGCCGCCCGGCAGCAGCCGGCAGUCCCAUGAUCCGUCGGUCGGCAGCCCCCGUCAUGACAGCCAUACCAAGAAGGACAAGGACAAGGACGAGCAAGAGCAUGAGCAUGCCCCGCCCAGCAAGCCGCGGAAGCAGCGGAUUGAGAGCGACAGUGAUGACGACGGAGGCCAUCGAGGGAAGGGCAAGGGACAUCGCCAGGGGGCGGCCAAGAGACGAGGUACGCACCGCCAGGAGCAAUUGGUCGCAUCCACUCCACAUGUACACAAACCAACUGGAAUGCGUGUGUUGGUGUUGGUUGGUAUCAGGUCGAGGCGGUCGUCAGCGAGCUCUGUCAAGCCUGGACGGAGAGGAGAUGGACGAUGCGACGGCCGAGGCGGUGCGGAUCAAGAAGCACAAGGGUGUGUGCUGGAACAGGAAGUGUCAGCGGUGGGCCGUGUCCUACAAGGUCAACAGGGACGGCGCCGGCAAGAAGACGCAGGUCAAGUACUUCGGGCUCAAGCAGUGGGGCACCGUCCAGAACGCAUACAACGAAGGUCAGCACUACAGCCACAACACAGCCACCAGACACAACAGAGACCAAAGGGAAGGAGGUGUUUCUGAGCACACGUGUCGUCCCUCCUCCCCUCCACACACUGUGUGUGUCUGAUUGAUACAUACAGCCGUGAGGUUCAAGCUAUCGCUCCCCUACGGAGGCGGCAGCACCUCCAAGAAGGGGGGCGGAUCCACCAACCCCGCCAACACCAGCAAGAAGCCCGCCACCAAGAAGAGCCGGAAACUCACCAAAAACCGCGACUAUGAUGAGCAGCCCUCCCCCAGCAGCAAGCGCGACAAGCACCAGCAAGGCGAAGAGGACGAUGAGGAGAGCGAGUGGGAGUCGUCAAGCUCAUCCUCAUCCGAGGAGGAGGAGGAGGAGGAGGAGGAAGGAGAAGGUGAUGAAGAUGACGAGGAAGGGUCCGAUGAGGCCGAGGGAUCGGGCGAGGGGGAUGGUGAGGGAGAGGGUGACACUUCGUUGGAGGACAGCUCGGAAAAGGGCCCACAGAAGAAGAAGACCAAGACGGGAGGCAAGGAGGAAAGAACAACGGGAGGGCAAGACGCCGAUAUGGCUACCUGACUGACGGACGGACGGGCAGGCAAGCAGGCAGGCAAGCAGGCAGGCAAUUCGGGAGAGGUAUUGUGGGCGGCUGACGGCUAUGACGUGCUGCGGUAGGUAGGAGCUUUUGGUGUCAAUCGUCCCUACCUGCCAAUCCUAUCUAACCUAAGCGCCUUUUGGUCACUUUGUAUGUGUCGAUCGCACGAUGGUCUGUCUGGUGGGGAGGUGAGGUGGUUGACGUGGUGAGUGAGUGAGCAGGUGACGUGACAGCUCUUGUAUACUGAGGAGAGAGAGAGAGGGGUCCGGUCCGCCGGGUGGCUCAGCUGGCUAUGCUGCGUCAUGUCUUGUUGUAGUAUGUGUGGUGUCCGUGCCAUUUGUGGGUGCAUUUAGAUGAGGCGGAUGGAUGGAUGGAUGGAUGGACACUAUUCCGUGUUUUUGCCAGAUAUGCUGCGUGAGCGAGUCGUUGUGAACCAAUGGAUGGAUGGAUGGAUGUGGUACCUACCUACCGACACGCGCAAGACGUUGCGGUGUGUGCGUGUGUGGUCUCUCUAACUUAACCAUGGUCCGUGAGUGCGUGGACCGGAUCCAGC